AUGGGAUCUGGUGCGUCCUCGAAUGCAAAGAUUGCCCUCGAGGGCAAAAGCGCUGCAGAGAUUGCGGCCGCUCUCAAGGAGCUGCCGGCGGACCAGCUCGCUCUCAUCAAGGAAGCCUUGGCAGAAAGCCCCGCACCAGCUCCCGCCCCAGCAGCAGGUGCCGCCGCCUGCCCGGGCCCGGUGAAUUGCAGUGCCAUCAAGGUGGUGGCCAAGGACUACAAAGGCUUGAUGGAUCAGCCCGCUGAACCCAAGUUCAAGGGCGCUCUGGCGCAGAUCUUCGUGCGCAGCCAGCCAUAUGGAGGUUCUGACAAGAGCAACAACGGCCACCGCUAUGACUCCAUCCCCUUCGCAAACGGUAUGAUCACUGCAGGCAUGAGCUGCCAGUUGAUCCACUACACGCACGAGGAGCAUGACAAGUUCUUCGCGCUCUGCAAGAGCUUCAACUUCAUCAUCGUGCGCUGCAAUCCAGGCCAGAUCAAGGCUGAUGGCGGAGAUCAGCAGAAGUUUGACGAUGGGAUGCGUGCGAUGCGUAAAGCCGGCAUCCAG